AUGGCCAUGGGCAGCGUAUGCGCGGCGCCGAGUUUCCGUGUGAAACUGGGCGUGAAAAACAUGGUCAUUGUGAAUGACUUUGAUUUUAUAAAAGAAAUUCUCUGCAAAAAGGAGUGCCUCUUCCGUCCACGGAGCUGGGUAUUCAAGGACGCCGAGGGAAUCGUCUCCCUCAAUGGUAAAGCGUGGCAAGAAAACCGCCGCUACUGCGCGAAGGCACUACGAGAACUUAGCUCCGGAAAAAAGACCGCGCUGGAACAUGUUAGGGAGGAGUUCCUGUACCUUCGAGACAAAGUGGCAGAGGCGAAAGGUCAACCAGUUUUGAUGCGAUCCUUGCUUCUUCCCAGCGUGUCAAACAACAUCGUAGCGCUGGUGCUUGGCAGCCGCUAUGAUUUCAACGAUCCAAGGCUAAAAAAACUCCAUAAAUAUAUGGAGGAUUUCGUCAGGAUCUUCUCGGAUGUCUCCCCCGUGGACCCUCUGCCUAAGUGUCUCAAAUGGAUGUCAAGAUAUGUCCACUGCCUGGGAGGUGUCAAGGGUUUGAAAUUGAUACAAAAGCUCUUCAAGUUCGUUGGCCAAGAAAUCAAUGACCGGCUGGAGACGGGAAAAUCAGACAUCAAUCGGCACUUUCUUGACGGAUACCUUGCUAGGAUAAUGCAGCACCAUGCGGAACCUGAGUCAAACUUCAACGAUCGCAGCCUUCAUGGCAACAUUAUUGAUUUAUUGAUCGCUGGAUCGACCACCGUGGCAACCAGCAUCCUGUAUAUCCUUCUGCACUGCGCCAACAAUCCUGGCACAGUUCAAGCCAAGAUCCAGAAAGAGAUUGACAGGGUCGUCGGGUGUGGCCGCACUCCGACGUGGGAGGACCACCGCUUUAUGCCAUACAGCACGGCUGUCGUAUGGGAGAUGAGUCGCUGGAGAACCAUCCUCACGCUGAGCCUUCCAAGAGAGGUCAACGAGGAUGUCUUUCUAAACGGAUACCUGAUCCCCAAGGGUACCAUCGUUGUGGCCAACGUCUGGGCCGUUCACUUUGAUCCGAAGUACUGGAAAAAUCCUGAAGAAUUCGACCCCUCCAGGUUUCUGACCCCGGAUGAAUCCGCACUCCUUCCGAGACCAGAACACCUCAUUCCCUUUUCAAUUGGAAAACGAAUGUGUCCCGGAGGGGCCCUGGCAACAGCCGAGAUUUUCCUUUGCGUGACCACGUUGCUGCAGACAUUUCGCGUUUUGCCUGAGGAUGGCGCCAGCUUCAGCGUAGCUUCGGAUCAGUUAGCAGAUCUGUUGACGCAGGGACUGUGCUUCGUACCCCGCAUACCGGAGUGACGGUUUUAACUUCCGUUGAUGCUCCCCAUAUAUUUUACGCUUUUCUGUUAGCAGUGUUGUGUCUUGCUGUAUGACCACGAACUUAAUAA